GUGUCCUCUUAAUGGGUUGCAACAAAAACCCGCACCCACUGCGGCCCUUUGUGGAAUAGUUUGCCCACCCCUGCCAUAGAUAGAAGUAGUCAUGGCAAGUUGAAACAAACUUGCUCAGAACCGAUGACGUAUAUUAUCAGUGGACCACUGCUCCGGAAGCGCUCUCUCUGGACCUAUCAGGGACUUGCUGUUCUUUUGUGUUCCCUUCUCCCAACCAAACGAGUUCCUUCAAAGUAUUCUCAUCGGAUGCGACAAAAUAAUCCUGACCUAAGGCGAACGCAAUCAAAAACAUCAAGCUAGGAGAGACGUGGAAGACGAGGUGAAGACACCCAGGACACGAACAGCAACUGAAAAAUAAAAAUGAGGUAUCCCGCAGACGUCACUAUUAAAGAGCUUCACCCUCAGAAGCACGAUCCCCUCCACGGAGAUGCCGUACAUUAAUCAGGAGAAGCCAGAGACCCCCAGCAUUAAAGAAGAACAACAUGAAGAUGAAAUCACUACGUGUCCAAUGACCGUCAGUGUGAAAAGUGAGGAAGAUGAAGGUCCAAGCACACAGAGCGGAGCAGCGAAACCUUUGAGCGACAGCUCAUUUCAACACCCGACGACAAAAGGAGAGGGACAAUUGCAACCUGACGGUUUGUUAGCGCCGCUCUCAGACAGUGACGACGUAACGUCACACUCUUCUGAUUUUAACACUGAUGAGGAGGACAAAGACUUUGACCAAAAUGCUUCAAAAUCCUUAAACAAUUCCUCAUUGAAAAGAGGCACAAAAGUGGUUGGGAAACCUUUUACCUGCUCACUCUGUGAUAAAACAUAUUCUAAGAAUAAUAACUUAAAAAGACACAUGUUUACACACACCGGGGAGAAGCAUUUCGCCUGCUCAUUUUGCGAUAAAAGAUUCGUUCAGAAGUCACAUUUAAACAUUCACACAAGAAUACAUACUGGAGAGAAGCCUUUUCAAUGCACAUCUUGUGGUAAACAAUUCACUGAUAAGGGAUGUUUAAACAAACACACAAAGAUACACACUGGAGAGAAAUCUUUUACCUGCUCACUUUGUGAUAAAACAUUUUCUCAGAAAAUUCACUUACAAAGACACAUGUAUACACACACCGGGGAGAAGCCUUUCGCCUGCUCAUUUUGCGAUAAAAGAUUUGCUGUGAAGUCAGAUUUAAACAUUCACACAAGAAUACAUACUGGAGAGAAGCCUUUUCAAUGCACACCUUGUGGUAAACAAUUCACUAAUAAGGGAUCUUUAAACAAACACACAAAGAUACACACUGGAGAGAAGUCUUUUGUCUGCACAUCUUGUGGUAAACAAUUCACUAAGAAGGGAUCUUUAAACAAACACACAAAGAUACACACUGGAGAGAAGUCUUUUGUCUGCACAUCUUGUGGUAAACGAUUCACCGAAAAGGGACAGUUAAACAGACACACACUCACACACACUGGAGAAAAGCCUUUUCUCUGCACAAGUUGUGGUAAAAGAUUCAUUGAGAAAAGAGAUUUUAGCAGUCACACAAGAACACACACUGGAGAGAAGCCUUUUGCUUGCUCUCACUGUGAUAAAAGAUUUUGUACAAAGCAAAUAUUAACAAGACACACGCAUACACACACUGUUGAGAAGCCCUUUGCCUGCUCUCGUUGCUAUGAAAGAUUUUGUACGAAGCGAACGUUAACAAGACACACGUGUACAAACAUCGGGUGAAAAGGCUUUUCUGUGCACACUUUGUGGUAAAAAAUUUACCCGGAAGUAAGAUUAAAACAAUCACUCAAAAAGACACACCCAAUUUACUUACGGCUUACUGUUUUACACAAUUUGACUUCUGAUUGUUGACAAUAUUUUGAUUCUUCCCUUCUUUUUCUUGUUGUUUGUCCUGUUUCCAACCUUUUAUCUGAAUAGUUUCAGAGUAGAUUUUUUUAUUUGUCUUGUGUAUUGUAAUCAUUUAAAAUCUGCUUCAUUGUAGAAGGACUGGACCUUUUUAUUUUUACUAGGGCUGUCAAAUUUAUCGCGUUAAUGGGCGGUAAUUAAUUUUUUUAAUUAAUCAUGUUAAAAUAUUUAAUGCAUGCGCGGAACGACCCACUCGUGCAUUGCCGCAAACUACAAUUGCGCCGAUUUACGUAUAUACAGAGCUCAGAGACAGGUGAGAGGAUCGGAUACAGGCAUUCAUUGGGGCUGUGCUUUUUAUUGGCAAAAGCUUUAGCAUCCCUUCCACAACAACUGUUGUGGCGAGUGAUGUGAGGAAAAAAGACAUGAGAUGAUCUUUUUCUUAAUACCCUGUAUUGUGCACAACGCAGAGAAGAUAUAACAUUUGCAGCAACCACACACAGUCAUGGUUGCACCACUUCCCAUCAUGCAUUUGGGCAGAACAGUUAAGUCGCUACAGUAUCAUUUACUGAAAGCUCAACAAAUACACUAGAUGGCAAUAUUUAGUCACAAUAUACAAACUCCCAUUUAUCCUUUAAGAAUUAAGUCUUUCUAUCCGUGGAUCCCUUUCACAGAAAGAAUGCUAAUAAUGUUAAUGCCAUCUUGUGGAUUUAUUCGUCAAACCUUUUCUUUUAUCCCAGGCAUUAGUAGGUGGUUUUAUUUACCUGACAUGUUUCGGCGAGCACUUCCGCCUUCGUCAGAGGGUCACUGAUUGUGUGACGCGUCUUUAUCUGCUGCCCAUUCACUCUUCCAAGAUGCUGUUCCAGGUCAUAGAGAGCAUGUAUGCCCCCUCUUCCCUGUUGAUGGUCCUCGGGCCCUGCUUGCGGAUCUCAAUGGCCUCCCUGAUCCAGCGCUGAUGUUUGUUUUCUUCUUCGAUGAAUGGGCUUUAUUUUCUUAUGAUACAAGGGAACGGUUUUGCAAGGUUUGACAAUAAAAGACCAAAUCAUCAGUCAAGUCUCACCCUUAUUCGGAGCGGGUCCACUACAAACACUGUCAUGAACAUUUCUCCCCAGCUACAAGAAUUAACUCCAGUAUGUUUAGUCUGUCUAGCAGUGCUAAAAUGUGUUUUUUUUCACUCUGGUAACUGUGUUAAGAGAAUGUGCGUGUGUAUAAUGUAAACAUGAUAUGAGUCAUACACUUGUGCUUAUUAUGGACAAUAAUUCAAUUAUUUUAUUUCUGAUGGUAAUAAUGUUAUGCUGUGGGGUUAGGCUCACCUGAAGGGCUGCAUUUAGAAUUUUUAUAUCUUAUUUUAUUUUGCUUAACAUUAUACUUAUGUUCCAAUUAAAAAAAACAUAAUAAUAAAAAUCCUGUUCAAUUGAUUUUUUUUUUUUAACCCAGAUUUCUCUUACACAUUUUGGAGCUGUAAUUGCAAUACUGUGAAACUGUGAUACUGUGAUAUUUU